GGAGUGAUCAAUUUUUGUUGGCUUGUUUCUUGGGUUUACUUGAAUUUAGAAGUAACGGCAGUAUCAAUUAUUAAGUAGAAAAUAUAUAUGUAAGGGCCAUUAAACAUUGGUUAUACUUACCACAUAGGAGCUUCAGUACAAUGAUGGGACUGGGCAGGCAGUUUGGAAAUUAUAUCCAAAGCAGCAAAGAUAUUUUGAUGCAACAAUAAUAAAAUUAAUUAAAGUGGGGAUCCUUUUCUUUGCCAUUCCGGCAGCACUCUUUUCUUCUCCCAAAAACAACCAAACAAACCAAGAAAGCAAAAGAAAAAACCCCACGAUCAUGGAACAUGAUUAUGAUCACAAUAAACCCCUUGUAUCAAAAAAGGGUUGCAAUAGUGAAAAUUUCGGAAACGUUGUACCAAACAUUCCAACGUCUGAUGAUGAAGGAGAUGACGAUGGCGAAAUCGGGGAAAUUAACAACGUCGGCGACUUUUUCAGAGAAUUCGGUAAGGAAUCGAGAAAGCUUUGGUACUUAGCCGCUCCGUCCAUCCUCACCAGUGUUUUCCAAUACGCUUUCGGCGCCCUCACUCAGAUCUUUUCCGGUCACCUGAGCACCGGUGAACUCGCCGCCAUAUCCAUGGAAACUUCCGUCAUUUCUUCACUUGGUUAUGGCUUAUUGAUGGGAAUGGGAAGUGCAGUAGAGACCCUUUGUGGACAAGCAUACGGAGCAAAACAUGUGGAUAAGUUAGGAAUUUACUUGCAAAAAUCAUGGAUUAUACUAAACACAGCCGCGAUUGGAAUAGUUUUUUACUUCUUAUUAACAACUCCGUUGUUAAAUUUACUCGGGCAAGAUCCAGAACUGUCAGCGCAGGCAGGGAAGUUUGCCGUAAUGAUGAUUCCGCAACAAUUUGCAUACGCAUUUGCUAUUCCCUUGGCUAAAUUCUUACAAGCGCAGAGCAAAGUGUUUGAGAUGGCCGGAAUAGCCGGAAUUGCUGUUUGUUUCCACGCUCUUGUGGGUUGGAUCUUCAUGAUGAAAUUGAGAUGGGGGCUUUUUGGAGCGGCUUUGGCGUUGAAUUCAUCUUGGUGGUUGGUUGCAAUUGGUCAGUUCUUAUAUGUUGUUUGUGGAUUUUGUGGACGAGCUUGGUCGGGUUUUUCAUGGAAGGCGUUUUCUAAUCUUUCUGAAUUCGUCAAGUUAUCCAUUUCAUCGGCUAUCAUGUUCUGCUUGGAAAUUUGGUAUCUCAUGGCAUUGACUCUCGUUGCUGGAUAUCUGCCUAAUCCGGAGAUUUCAGUUGCUGCUUUGUCUAUCACACGAAAUAUAAACGGCUGGAGUGCUAUGGUGGGUUUGGGAUUCAAUGUAGCUGUAAGUGUCCGAGUGUCCAACAAACUCGGGUCAGGGCACCCUAGGGCUGCAAAGUUGUCGGUUAUUGUCGUUGGAUUGACGGCGUUAGUGUUUGGUCUUAUUUUUGCCCUUGUGUUGUUGUUUGAAAGGAAGCGAUUUCCGGCAUUGUUCACUGAUGAUUUGGAAAUUCAAAAGCUGGUGGAGGACCUCACACCUCUUUUAGGAGCCACCGUUAUUUUCAAUUGCCUUCAAAAUGCCCUAUGUGGGGUGGCAAUUGGAGCAGGGUGGCAAAAUUUUGUGGCCUAUAUCAAUGCGGCUUGCUACUUCUUUUUGGGUGUCCCUGCGAGCGUUAUACUGGGCAUCAAGUUUGCUAUGGGCGUCAAGGGCAUUUGGUAUGGACUGCUUCUGGGGUUAUUCCUUCAGGCGGCAACAUUAUUUGUAGUGGCAUGGAAGAGAAACUGGAAGACGGAGGCCAAUAUUGCUCAGGCGAGACUGAAACAAUGGGGAGGUGAAGAUUAGCUUAGUUCAAGAUAGAAAUGGUAAAGGAAACCCAUCGAAAAUUUGGAUCGUAAACCUGUAUAACGUUUCGAGUUUAUGUUUUUUUUUCAACAAAAGUAAGGUUUCUUAUUUAGGAGUAAUUCAUUGUUGAUGAUCGACUGGUUGUAAUUAAAAAGUUACCUGGGGUAGUUUUGUGAUAAGGAUGCAUUCUAAGUUGAAAACAUUCUAAUGAGACCAUAAAGCAGAACUUAUACGGUAAAAGUGAAGUUUAAGGCAACAUAUUAUGGCCUAUGCAAUUCGCCAAAAUAUGGAACUCGAUGUAGGGAAUAGUAGGCAAAAAGGAAUAGAAAUAAAAACUUAGAAUAUAGUUAUGUAUGUAGCUAAGUUUUUAUUCAAAGUUCCUUGUAAAGUUUGGGUUUCGUUUGAUAUAAAAGUAUAAUUACUUUGAUCUCGAUCCAUUUGUCAUUGCAUUAUUCGCCAUCUUACUAAUUAACUUAUGUUAAUCUUGAGC